GAAGGUUGGGGCUCUCAUGCCCAGGAACACAGGUGUGUGGGAGGCAGGCUCCCUGUUGGGCGUUCAGCUGCCGGAAGAUGGAUUUAGUUAGCCAUUGGCCUUGUGGGAAGAAUAACAUUUACCAGUGAGAGACAGCAUGAUCCUGCCCAGGUUUUGGAGAGUCCAGCCACAAUGCCAGGAACAGAACUGUGAACUGACUCUAACAGUCACCUGAACCUUCUGUCAGCCUGUGUGACCUCUCAGGGAAGUCGCUUUUCUGAUAUAUGCAAGAAGGCGGGUGGACCAAGUGCUCCUGGGGGCCUCUGUGCAGCUGCUGUUCUUAGCCUCUCUUGGCCACUGCACACUGAACUAGAGCUGCUUCUCCUGAAAUCCUCACAGCUGCUCUGCCCAGAGGGCGCAGGCUUCCAGCACCUCCCAGGGACCAUGCAUCAGUCCUACUGACCCAAGAGUAGGAGCCUGUGGGGGCAUCUGGAAUGGGCUGUGUGUUCUGCAAGAAGUUGGAGCCUGCAUCCAAGGAGGAUGCGGGCCUGGAAGGGGACUUCCGGAGCCAAGCCACCGAAGAACAACGCUAUUACCCUGACCCCACUCAAGGCCGGUCUUCGUCCGUCUUUCCUCAGCCCACCAGCCCUGCUUUCCUUAAUGUUGGCAACAUGAGAACCAUCUCAGGGACCGGAGUGACCAUAUUUGUCGCCCUGUAUGACUAUGAGGCCAGGACAGGGGAUGACCUCACCUUCACCAAAGGCGAGAAGUUCCACAUUCUGAACAAUACGGAGUAUGACUGGUGGGAGGCUCGCUCCCUUAGUUCCGGACACACUGGCUACGUUCCCAGCAACUAUGUGGCUCCUGUGGACUCCAUCCAGGCUGAAGAGUGGUACUUUGGAAAGAUCAGUAGAAAGGAUGCAGAAAGGCAACUUCUCUCCUCUGGCAACCCUCAGGGGGCCUUCCUCAUUCGGGAAAGUGAGACCACCAAAGGUGCCUACUCCCUGUCCAUCCGUGACUGGGACCAGAACAGAGGCGACCACAUAAAGCAUUAUAAGAUCCGAAAGCUGGACACGGGUGGCUACUACAUCACCACACGGGCCCAGUUUGACUCCAUACAGGACUUGGUGCGGCACUACAUGGAAGUUAAUGAUGGUCUGUGCUACUUGCUCACGGCGCCCUGUACCACCACGAAGCCCCAGACUCUAGGCCUGGCCAAGGAUGCCUGGGAGAUUGACCGAAGCUCCAUAGCGUUUGAACGCAGGCUGGGCACCGGCUGCUUUGGAGACGUGUGGCUGGGCACGUGGAACGGCAGCACAAAGGUGGCAGUGAAGACGCUGAAGCCAGGCACCAUGUCCCCGAAGGCAUUCCUGGAGGAGGCACAGAUCAUGAAGCUGCUGAGGCACGACAAGCUGGUGCAGCUGUACGCCGUGGUGUCGGAGGAACCCAUUUAUAUUGUGACAGAGUUCAUGUGCUAUGGUAGCUUGCUGGAUUUCCUAAAGGAUCGAGAGGGUCAGAACUUGAUGCUGCCCCAUCUAGUGGACAUGGCUGCCCAGGUAGCUGAGGGCAUGUCCUACAUGGAGCUCAUGAACUACAUCCACCGGGACCUGAGAGCAGCCAACAUCUUGGUGGGGGAAUAUCUAACAUGCAAGAUUGCUGACUUCGGGCUGGCACGCCUCAUAGAGGACAAUGAGUAUAAUCCCCAACAAGGAACCAAGUUUCCCAUCAAGUGGACAGCCCCAGAGGCAGCCCUCUUUGGCAGAUUCACCAUCAAAUCAGACGUGUGGUCCUUUGGGAUUCUGCUGACUGAAUUGAUCACCAAGGGCAGAGUUCCUUACCCAGGUAUGAACAACCGGGAAGUGUUGGAACAGGUAGAGCAUGGCUACCACAUGCCCUGCCCUCCAGGAUGCCCAGCAUCCCUGUAUGAAGUCAUGGAGCAGACCUGGCGUCUGGAUCCAGAGGAGAGGCCCACCUUUGAGUACCUGCAGUCUUUCCUGGAAGAUUAUUUCACCUCCACGGAACCACAGUACCAGCCUGGAGACCAGACAUAGCCUGACUGGGCAUCAGUGAUGCUCUGCUCUGGGAGCAUGUACUUGCUCUUGCCAAGCCCCAGGGCACUCUGGUCCCAGUGCCUGAGACUUGGAACCCUGUGGAAUCCUAGCACAUCAGAGAAGGUCGGACGCUCUAAAGCCAUUGAACAGAGGUUGCAAAUGGAGACUAGACAUGCAUCUCUUACUUUCUCUGACUCCAAGCACUGUUUCUUCCCUUCCCACCCAUGCCCCAUCCAAAAAUCUAGGGCACCCCACUCAUUUCACAGAUGAGGUAAAUGGAUGCUCAGAGCUCAUCUCUGAGACACUCUGACCCCAGUACCAUUAGGCUCCUACAGAUUGGUAGUCUCUCUCCCCAUCUCCUAAAAAUGCUCAUACUUUGUCUAGGUAUUUAUAAAAUUGUAUUUCUCUUCUUCCACUUAUCCCUUACUCCUGCUUUCCUACCUCCCAUCAGCCUGCUCCAGCCUAGACCUUAAGAAUUUAAUUCUUAGGAUCUCUUGGGUUUCUCUAAGUUAUAAAGGCAGGGAACAAAUGCCUUUGCUUGAUUUCCUGCCUUCAGAGCGGAUGCUCUGGUGCAGGCCCAGGUCUGAGGGAGAGAGCCGUUGAAGGCUCACCACCUCUCUGAGGGAUGUAUGUGUGUUUCCUCAUUAUAAGAACAACGAUGACGUGCACAUGA